AUUUGGACAUAUGAAAAUGCCAUUUGGAAUUUAGCAAUAUUUGAUUAAUGUUUAUUGUUUCCAGAAGUCCUUUUUAUUUUACGGGAAUGCCAACUCUGGAACAGCAUGCAGAACUGUACAUUACAAGAAAGUUAAUAGUGCUCCAACUCAAUCUCUGAGGCCUUACAUUCGAGACCAAGACUCCUUGGAAGAUCAAGCCAAAGUGUACCUGCAGUUUAGACACCUGCAGCCCAGGAGACUGAGGCAACACUGACAGCAACUCACAGCUACUCGAGAGGAUUAUGUCAUUAUAGCUGACAACUUGAGCUUCCCUUGAGUACGACGGCUACAAGGCAAAGUCAGUCCUGCUCUGCUCACACCCAGCAGCAACCAUGGAUGACCCCUAUCAAAACAACGUAAACCAGCAGGUAACAGAGGGUGGAGAAUACACCUACACCCAAGAUGGAGGGGGUCAGGACGGCUACCCUUACCAGACAGACUACCCUCCACAGGAGGAAGAUGCUGCCAGUGAUGCUACAGAGGGUGCAGAUGAUGAUGCGCAAAUGUAUGAGGGGGAGUACCAGGGCGUCCCUCACCCCGAUGAGAUCAAGGAGGCGAGGAGGGCGGCUCGUGUGGAGGCGAGGAGGAAAGCCCGUAUGGCCAAAGAGCAGGAAGAGGAGGAGGAAAACCUUCCAGAGCAGUAUGAGGCCAUUAUGGAGGACUGUGGCCAUGGACGCUUCCAAUGGAUGUUGUUCUUCGUGCUAGGUCUGGCACUAAUGGCUGAUGGCGUGGAUGGCUUCGUGGUGGGCUUCGUCAUGCCCAGUGCUGAGAAGGACAUGUGCAUAACCAACUCUGACAAAGGAUUGCUGGGUCUGCUGGUGUAUGUUGCCAUGAUGGUGGGGGCGUUGGUGUGGGGGGGUCUGUGUGAUAAGAUGGGGAGGAGGAAGUGUUUGAUCUAUGUCUUGUCCAUCGACUUGGUCUUCUCCUUCCUGUCGUGCUUCGCUCAGGGCUACGGCUUCUUCCUCUUCCUCAGGUUCUGCUCCGGCUUUGGAAUCGGUGGCUCCAUCCCAAUAGUUUACACAUACUUCACUGAGUUCCUGCAGAUGGAUAAACGUGGAGAACAUCUGAGCUGGCUCUGCAUGUUCUGGAUGCUGGGAGGCCUGUACGCCUCCUUCACUGCCUGGGGAAUCAUCCCUCACUAUGGUUGGGGCUUUGCCAUCGGAACAGAGUUCCAGAUCCACAGCUGGAGAUUGUUUAUGUUCGUGUGUCUCUUCCCUGCACUGGCUGCACUUAUCGGAGUCGUCUUCAUGCCGGAGAGCCCUCGUUUCCUGCUGGAGAAUGCACGACAUGAUGAGGCGUGGAUGGUGCUGAGACAAGUUCACGACACCAACUGGAAGGCCAAAGGAGAGCCAGAGAGAGUGUUCACUGUGACGAACAUCCAGACUCCACAAACUCAGGAGGACGAGUUCAUCGAGAUCCAGAGUGACACUGGAACCGCUUUCCAGCGCUGGACCGUCAGACACAUGACCAUGCUGCAGCAGGUGAUGGCUAACAUCAUGUCUCUGUCAGCUCCAGAGCUCAGACUGCAAGGCCUCUUCCUGGUUAUCAUCUGGUUCUGCAUGGCAUUCAGCUACCAUGGGCUGGGAGUGUGGUUCCCUGAUAUGAUCAAAUACAUGCAGUACGAGGAGUACGAGUCCAAGGUCCGAGUGUUUCACCGAGAACGGGUCGAACGUUUCCAUUUCAACUUCUCUCUGGUUAACCAGAUCCACCGUGAAGGGGAGUACAUCCAUGACAAGUUUGCAAACAUUGAGAUAAAGUCUGUGAAGUUUGAGGAUUCUCUGUUCGAGAACUGCUACUUUGAGGAUAUCAAGUCCACCAACACCUUCUUUGAGAAUUGCACCAUCAAAAACACUGUCUUCUAUAACACAGACCUCUGGCAAGAGAAGUUCAAAGAAUGUCGAAUGGAGAACACCACCUUCCUCCACCCAAAGAAAGGCUGCCAUCUAAACUUCCAGGAGGAGAAUGAUAUCAUUAUCUACAUGGUCAGCUUCCUGGGUAGUUUAGCAGUGUUGCCUGGAAACAUCCUCUCUGCAUUGUUUAUGGACAAGAUAGGGAGAAUCAGGAUUAUAGGUGGUUCUAUGUUGGUAUCCUCGGCCUGUACUUUCUUGUUACUGCUGAGUUUCAGUCAAGGAGCUGUAAUAUGUUGGCAGUGUCUCUUUUAUGGUGCCAGCGUGGCGGCCUGGAACGGACUAGAGGUCAUUUCUGUUGAACUCUAUCCUUCUGCAAAGAGAGGCACGGCGUUCGGUAUCCUGAAUGGGAUCUGUAAGUUUGCCGCCAUCAUUGCCAGCUUCAUCUUUGCAGCCUUCAUCGGCGUCACUAAGAUCAUACCCAUCUUCCUGGCCUUCGCUGCUCUCGUCUGUGGGGGUCUGGUGGCUCUCAAGCUGCCUGAAACCCGGGAGAAACUCCUCUCUUGAAAAGCCAAACUCCUGCAGCUUCCAGGCCCCAAACACAGUACAGCUACGAGGCAAUCUUCUGGGGAAAGUAACAGCUAAAACUGAAAUGGAAAGACAAGUGAGGAAGGCCGAGCUGUGUGUAUGAGUCUGCCAUGGUUAUAGAUUUAAAAAUAUGAAAACCUGUCUGGUUGCCUAUGUGAACCUGUGGUUGCUUUCUAUUCCCUCUUUAAGCUCCUCAGGGUGCCCAGCAUCUCUGUCACAUCAUAUGAAACCUGUGUUUGUAAUAUCCUUUUUAUCAUUUAUUGCCCAUCCUUCUGUUUCACACACAUACAUUCACACACAGCGUAGAAACUUAUGUUUUGUUUGAGGUUUUUGAAAAAGAAAGAUAUUUAUGAAAUGAAAAUGUGUCUGUAUUUGAAAGUGUUGUAGUUCAUGUGACCAUGUUGUGCUGUGAGUUCAUCCCCUGUUGGAAAAUAAAGGAGAGAGAGAGGACUUAAAGUGAUACCUUGGAUUUUAUUUGAAUCCUGUUGUUUUCACUGCCAAGGCUCAGCAGCAGUUAUUCUGCUUGAGUUGUUAUUCAGAGAAACACCUCUUUAUUUAUUUUGCACUCUCCUGUGGUUUAUGUAUAUAGUCAACUUAGUCGACUCUGAUGCUGUUCAUGUCUGAUCAAACCUGAGCAGCUGACCAGAUUCUCCUCCUGUUUGUCUUUCUGUCUUCGACUGACACGUCAUGUCUGUUCUUAAUUGUAGCACAGUGUUCUGUAGGUGGUGAUAACGUAGGAUCAGAGUCACAUCUUGCCAUGACAAAGUGUAAGGAACUGCUCUGUUUAUUAAGUUUUGGUUUUUUUUCUAACAGAGAGGAUGACUUAAAAAUGUGAGAAUAGUUGUUUUGAUAAAAUGCUCACUUUUUGACGUUCUGAUGAAGAACAAUUUUACAGAACCUGCUGCAUUUCUGACGACGUGUCAAGAUUUCUAAGGAGCAUGUUACUUUUAUGGCAUGACUGAAUUGUGUGUGUGUUUGUGUGUGUAUGUAUGUAUGUAUGUGUGAAUGUGUGAUUGUUAUCCACUUGUAUGUGAAUUUAUUGACACACAUUAGUCUGAUCACCAAAACUUUAUUUGUUGUUGUACAUACUGUAGACCUGUGUAUAUUAGCUGUAAAAUAGU